UUUGGCUUUGUGAGUUUGUGAUGUCGUUUUUGUGUGGAUAAAUGUAAUUUUAUUUAUAUUCAGUUAAAUUGACAAUAUAAUGUCCGACAAUGGCUUCUGUAAAAGUUGCCGUAAGGGUUCGCCCAUUCAAUCAGCGGGAGAAAGACAUGAGCGCCAAAUUGAUUGUGCAGAUGGAUGGGAAGAAGACGCGGCUGCUCACUGUCAAAAAUAGCAAAGAGCAAAAUGACGGGACGCGGGAGAAAUACAAAGACUUCACGUUCGACCACUCGUACUGGUCGUACGACAGCGGGGAUCCCCACUACGCCUCGCAGGAACAGGUGUUCUCCGACCUCGGUCUGGACGUGAUCGACAGCGCGUUCGAGGGCUACAACGCGUGCGUGUUCGCGUACGGACAGACCGGCAGCGGGAAGACCUUCACCAUGAUGGGCUCGCCGGAAUGCCAAGGCCUAAUCCCUCGCAUCUGCCGGCAACUGUUCUCUCGCGUGGCGGCCGGCAAGGAGUCGGGCGCUUCCUACCGCACGGAGGUCAGCUACCUGGAGAUCUACAACGAGCGGGUCAAGGACCUGCUGUCGGAGGACGCGGGCCACUCGCUCCGGGUCCGGGAACAUCCCAAGUUGGGGCCAUACGUGCAGGACUUGUCCAAACAUCUCGUCUCGGAUUAUGACGACAUUCAGGAAUGCAUGCACCGUGGCAACCUCCACCGCACCACUGCGUCCACGCAGAUGAACGACGUGUCGUCUCGCUCGCACGCCAUCUUCACCAUAACGUUCGUGCAGGCCAGCUAUCUGCGUCACAACAACAUGCCCAGCGAGACAGUGUCCAAGGUCCACCUGGUGGACUUAGCGGGAAGCGAGCGAGCGGACGCGACCGGCGCGACGGGCCAGCGGCUGGUGGAGGGCGCGCACAUCAACAAGUCGCUCGUCACGCUCGGCUCCGUCAUCUCGGCGCUCGCCGACAGCGCACACGCCGCCGCCGCUGACAAUCGCAACAAAAACAACAAGAAAAAUGUGUUCAUCCCGUACCGAGACUCGGUGCUCACUUGGCUGCUGAAGGACUCGCUCGGCGGGAACUCUAAGACCAUCAUGAUUGCUGCGAUAUCGCCCGCCGACUGCAAUUACGGCGAGACGCUGUCCACUUUGAGGUACGCGAAUCGCGCGAAGAACAUCAUCAACAAGCCCACCAUCAACGAGGAUCCCAACGUCAAGCUCAUCCGCGAGCUGCGCGAGGAGAUCGACAAGUUGCGCAAGCAGAUCGCGCACAACACGGAUCCGAUCGAGACAGAACCAGGAGUGCUCGCGACCCUCCAGAGAAAAGAAGCUCAAGAGAAGGUCCUCACCGAGAAAUGGACAGAGAAAUGGCGAGAAACGCAACAGAUCCUGCAGGAACAGAAGGCUCUGGGACUCAGGAAGAGUGGGCUGGGCGUGGUGUUGGACUCGGACAUGCCACAUUUGGUCGGCAUCGACGAUAAUCUGCUGUCAACUGGAGUGACGCUUUACCAUCUCAAAGAGGGUGAAACAGUGAUCGGGAGCGCUGAAUACAGUCCCACCCCCGACAUAGUGCUGUCGGGGGCUGGAGUCCUUCCGCUGCACUGCCGCAUCACGCUGCAGGGCGGGCUGGCGUGGCUGCAGCCCUGCAGCGGCGCGCAGUGCUGGCUCAACACCGUCCUCAUCGACAAGCCCGCCAAGCUCAGCCAAGGUUGCAUCCUACUACUAGGUCGAACGAACAUGUUCCGCUACAACGACCCAGCGGAAGCCGCGAAACUCAGACAGGAAGGCAGCGCGUCCGUCAUGAACCUGUCCAGACUGUCGCUGCUGUCCUGGUCCACCACAGACCUAGCUGCUAGCUCCGAGAACCUGAACACUACGCUGUCGGAUCUGGAGAGCGAAAUCCGUUGUGAGCGGAUCGAAGCGCAGCGAGCGGAAUUGGAGCGAGAGAGACAGCAGUUCCUGCUGCAGCAGGAGGAGAGACAGAGACGGUGGCAUGCCGAGAGGGAACAACUUCUGCAGGCACAGAAGAGGCUUGACGAGGAGCGUUCGGCAAUGGAGCGCGAGUACGCGGCGGCGUGUCGUCGCCUGUCGGGCGACUGGCGCGCGCUCGAGCGCGGCUGGACGCACCGCCGCCGCGCGCUGCGCUGUCGGCAGCGGGAGCUCGCCGCGCGCGCCGCCCGCCUGCGGGCCGUGGCGGACACGCACGCCGGCUGCGCUGAGAACGAGGAGUCGCACGUGGCCGCCCUGCGCGCCCGCCUCGCGGACAAGCGCGGCGAACUGGAGCAAUACGUGCGCGCCGCCCGACGGGAUCUCAUCGCCAGCGGAUGCGUGCAGAGUUCGUCGCCUGAUGACAGCCCAGCGUCGGAGACCAGCACGGAGAGUCUGAUGCACCUGCUGCAGCAGUGCGAGCCCACCACGGCGAGCACCAUCAAGGAGACAGUCGAUAGGCAUAAAAAAGAGCUGAUCGAGCUAGAAGAGGAGCUCCAAAGCCGAGUGGCGUCCGUGGCGUCGCACCGCGUCAAGAUCGAGCGGCUGCAGGCCGAGCUGGCGCUGCUCGGCACGCAGCAGCUGGGGCUGCGGCACGCGCUGGCCUCCGACCUCAGCCCCAGCUCCACCAACACGCCGCUAGUGGAGAACUCAGGGGAGUUGUCUCCGGAAGGCGUGAAGCGCAGCAAGUCGGAGCUGGUGCUGCGGCGCACGAGUCGCGAGGAGCUGCUGGAGCCGCUCGCACUCUCCGCCGAUGAGAGGGAGGACUACAAGAUCAAGAAGAUGAGCCUAAGUCUCAGUCUGGACCCUCUAGCGUCGCCUAACUCAACCAUGAACACCGAGACAUUCCACACGGCCUCCAGCUCGUCCCCCAAGCCGUUCCCCCAGGACUCUCCCCCCACGUCCCCGGCGCAGACGUCGCCGGUCGUGACGUCACCGGACACGGUGACCCCGGAGCAGCCGCUGCAGCCGCAGUUCAGAUUGGGCCCCGUCCCGGCUGAUGACAGCGAUGAUAUGUCUAGCACUGAAGAUUAUCAUAAGCCACGAAUCGUCGAAGGGCAGUCGUCAAGUUCUAUGGAAAGGUCUCCAGAAGAGAGGCAUCAGAGGUCCAAAUAUCGAAGAAGGUUACCAGGAGACGGCAAGUCCGGCCGGAGACAGGUGACAGAAGCGGAGGCGCUGCGGGCGAUGCAGCGGCUGUGCUCGCGGAUCGCCUCCCAGAAGAUGCUCGUCAUCUCCUCGCUCGAGAACGACUGCUCCAAGGAGGAGCUGAACAGGCAGAUCGCGGUGCUACAAGAAUUGCAAAAGAAAUACGUCCGCCUCGAAAUGGCCCUCCAGUACUCGUUCUUCGACAACCAGAACAGCAGGCGCGCGAUGAUGGUGACCCCCAUACAGGAGACGCCGUCGCUGACGCUGUCGGAGAGCGACAUGCACGUGGCGACCGACACCGCCGACACCGACGCCGACACCGACAACCACCACAUAGCGGACCCAUUGUUGCACAGGUUAAAAGAACAAGAAACCGAGGCGUCAGACAACGUGUCGACGUCCAACGAUGAGCUGCCCCCGGAGCACUCGGAGUGCCGGUGGGAGGACCCCCUGCGGCGUGACGUCACUCGCCGCGGUGACGUCACGGAACGCGAUCACCCACUACCGAUAAAUGUGGAUUCUUCGUUAUCGGUGGGACCAAUGCACCCUAUUGAUUUUAACUCAGUGGUGAGCAUCCCCGGCUGGGUGACCCGCGGGGCGGGCGCCGGCACCCACCACGAGUACGAGGUGCGGCUGACGCUGGCCGACUGCCGCUGGCAGCUGCUGCGCCGCUACCGGCGCUUCCGCGACCUCUACCUCACCAUGAGGAGCAUCUACGGGGCCAAGGUGGCGGCGAUCCCGUUCCCCGCGCGCCAGCUGUGGUCGUCGGAGAGCGUGGCGCGCGCGCGGCGGCCCGCGCUCGAGGCCUUCCUGCGGCGCCUGCUGGCCGCCUGCGCCGCCGACCCGCGCUGCGUGCUGCACCGCCGCGCGCUGGCCCGGGACGCGCUCCUCGAGUUCUCGCCCUUCUUCCGCAAGGUACCGCCCCUGUAGCUACGCCCCUGCGGCGCCUGCUGGCCGCCUGCGCCGCCGACCCGCGCUGCGUGCUGCACCGCCGCGCGCUGGCCCGGGACGCGCUCCUCGAGUUCUCGCCCUUCUUCCGCAAGGUACCGCCCCUGUAGCUACGCCCCUGCGGCGCCUGCUGGCCGCCUGCGCCGCCGACCCGCGCUGCGUGCUGCACCGCCGCGCGCUGGCCCGGGACGCGCUCCUCGAGUUCUCGCCCUUCUUCCGCAAGGUACCGCCCCUGUAGCUACGCCCCUGCGGCGCCUGCUGGCCGCCUGCGCCGCCGACCCGCGCUGCGUGCUGCACCGCCGCGCGCUGGCCCGGGACGCGCUCCUCGAGUUCUCGCCCUUCUUCCGCAAGGUACCGCCCCUGUAGCUACGCCCCUGCGGCGCCUGCUGGCCGCCUGCGCCGCCGACCCGCGCUGCGUGCUGCACCGCCGCGCGCUGGCCCGGGACGCGCUCCUCGAGUUCUCGCCCUUCUUCCGCAAGGUACCGCCCCUGUAGCUACGCCCCUGCGGCGCCUGCUGGCCGCCUGCGCCGCCGACCCGCGCUGCGUGCUGCACCGCCGCGCGCUGGCCCGGGACGCGCUCCUCGAGUUCUCGCCCUUCUUCCGCAAGGUACCGCCCCUGUAGCUACGCCCCUGCGGCGCCUGCUGGCCGCCUGCGCCGCCGACCCGCGCUGCGUGCUGCACCGCCGCGCGCUGGCCCGGGACGCGCUCCUCGAGUUCUCGCCCUUCUUCCGCAAGGUACCGCCCCUGUAGCUACGCCCCUGCGGCGCCUGCUGGCCGCCUGCGCCGCCGACCCGCGCUGCGUGCUGCACCGCCGCGCGCUGGCCCGGGACGCGCUCCUCGAGUUCUCGCCCUUCUUCCGCAAGGUACCGCCCCUGUAGCUACGCCCCUGCGGCGCCUGCUGGCCGCCUGCGCCGCCGACCCGCGCUGCGUGCUGCACCGCCGCGCGCUGGCCCGGGACGCGCUCCUCGAGUUCUCGCCCUUCUUCCGCAAGGUACCGCCCCUGUAGCUACGCCCCUGCGGCGCCUGCUGGCCGCCUGCGCCGCCGACCCGCGCUGCGUGCUGCACCGCCGCGCGCUGGCCCGGGACGCGCUCCUCGAGUUCUCGCCCUUCUUCCGCAAGGUACCGCCCCUGUAGCUACGCCCCUGCGGCGCCUGCUGGCCGCCUGCGCCGCCGACCCGCGCUGCGUGCUGCACCGCCGCGCGCUGGCCCGGGACGCGCUCCUCGAGUUCUCGCCCUUCUUCCGCAAGGUACCGCCCCUGUAGCUACGCCCCUGCGGCGCCUGCUGGCCGCCUGCGCCGCCGACCCGCGCUGCGUGCUGCACCGCCGCGCGCUGGCCCGGGACGCGCUCCUCGAGUUCUCGCCCUUCUUCCGCAAGGGCGUGUUCGAGAGCGGCAAGUGCGGCACGGGAUGAUCUCGCGCGGAGGUCGCCGCGGCGCGCGAGCUGGCGUCCGCGGCCGCGCAGCUCGCCCGCCUGCUGGCCGCCAGCGCGCUGCUGCUGCUGCGCUGCGGGGCGCUGCUGCUGCUGCUGCUGUACCUGCUGGCCACGCGCGCCAGGAGGUAGCGGCUGGCGGCCGAGAGGCGGCGCGCUACGGGAACAACUGCUGGUUGUUCGCUUCGAUGACAGGUUGCACUACAGGUUGUAUACUCCGCAAGAAUUAAGGCUGGUUUCAGGGUCACGCGUUUGAUCACGCGCGCUUACAAUUACACUAGUGGCCCCGUUUCAGUUUCACGGCGUUAUAACGCGCCGGUCGUGUAGCGCUGUUUCGCCAGCGCUGUUAAA